AUGGGAACCGUCGGGCGCACAUGGACCAUCAAAGGGCUCGCGCCAUCGCGCAAGGUGCAGAUCCAGGUGGCCUUAGGGGGCAUUUACGCCGGUCUGGCCGCAGCCUUGCUGCUUUGCGUGGCUGGCAUAAUUUCGGGCGAUUCCUCAGAUGGCCUUCUGAAGGCUGAGGUGACGCGCCUACCUCUGUUUCUGGCGCAGCUGCUGGGCGAUUCCUUCCCUGCAGAUGCCGCGCAGACAGUGCUGGGCCUCGGUAGUGGCGAGGCGGCGCCCAGUCAGCCUGCGCUGGUGCCGUUGGAUCCACUACUCUUCAGUGGUAGCUUGGCGCUCACACUGCAGGCCGUUCGGCUCUUGCCACUUCGAGGACUUGAUGGGCAUCUGCUGGCCAGAUUCCUCUUUGGUCCGCGGCCCAUCCAACUGCUUGAGCUUGCCACUGGCGUUGUGCUCCUGCUUGGUUCUGUCGAUCGCUUAGGACCUAAUGCCAAUGCAGCCGUCUGCAGCUCUGCGCUGUUCGCCUGGGGCGUAUCCUUCCUGGUCGCCACGAGGGAGACGCCGUUGCCGCCGCUCGAAGACUUCGACGACGAGCCUGCCAGCUCGCCUGGGUUAGCAGCCGCUGCAGUUCUAGCACUGCUUCUGGCAGGCUUGGUUCUGAUCCCAGGCAAGCUCAUACCUUACGGCUUGCUGAGGGCAGCGACUGCGAUUUAG